UUUAUUGUUAAAGAAGAGAGAAAAAAAAUCGUUGGGGGCAAUAUAGAUGCCGGUACACGUUAAAGGGUUAAAUCAAAUACAAAAUAGCCAAAUAUAUCACAAGUAUAGUUUUUUUACAUUUCGAAUGGCACUUUGUGAAGAAAUGUCAACACUUUAUAAAAAAUAGUAUAAUAUAAAGUUCCCAACAAUGUAACUGCGCCAUGAACUAAACGUGAAUAUAAGCGAAUGCAUUGCUGCUCAAACCUCAGUUGAUCUAUAGGACUUGUCUGGUAAAUACAUAGGUUUUCAAUCAUGAAAUUAUACACUGUAUCUGAUGGACCACCAUCGCUUGCCGUACGAAUGGCCUUGAAGGUAUUGAAUAUACCACAUGAACAUAUUCCUGUCGAUUAUGGCAAAGGAGAACACUUGACGGAGGAGUACGCUCUAGGUGGACGGUGUGAGAUGAGCCUGCUACAAUCCAUCCGAAAACACUAUCGACCAGAAUGGAUGAAUCCACAAAAGGAAAUUCCGGUUCUGGAUGACGACGGGUUUUUCUUGAGUGAGAGUAAUGCCAUUUUACAAUACCUUUGCGAAAAGUAUUCCCAAAACACUUAUCUCUAUCCGGAGGAUCCAAAACAGCGCGCUAUUGUAAAUCAUCGUCUGUGUUUUAAUUUGGCGUUUUUAUAUCCGCAGAUUUCUGCUUAUGUUAUGGCCCCAAUAUUCUUCGAUUAUGAGCGGACGCCGUUGGGCUUGAAAAAGCUACAAAUGGCUCUGGAUUGUUUCGAAACAUAUAUGAACCGUCAAGGCACUAAAUUUGUGGCAGGUGACCAUCUGACUAUUGCAGAUUUCCCUCUCGUUUCGUCCGUUAUGUGUUUGGAGGCUAUCAAUUUCGAUAUCGAAAAGUAUUCAUUGGUUAAAGUAUGGUACCAUAAUUUUAAAAAAGAAUAUCCUGAAUUGUGGGCUAUAUGCGCAACAGGUAUGGCUGAAAUUAGAGAGUUCGAGAAAAAUCCCCCAGACCUUUCGGGAUUAAAUCAUCCUAUUCACCCAAUCAAAAAGAUCAAAUGAUGCAUUUCAAUACACAUUAAAUGACAAUGUUUUAAUAAAAAACCAACAUCGAUUUUUGUUUAACUGAAUAUAAA